UGCCAUCCAGGCCUCACACAACAAGUUCUUCAGUGUUCAUCAUGGACGACUACAACCACGACAUCAAGGAAGUCCCGAGACAGGCCAGCAACGGCGAGAGUGAACAUGUCUCCGAAGACAUGAAGCCUGCGGUUGCGGUCAAGAUCAACCAGCUACAUGCUGAAAUGUAUCAUGAGGCUUUGCAGCUCUAUCCCAACGACGAUGCCAUCGACAAGGAAGACGAAAGGAGGCUUCGGCGGAAGCUUGACAUGCGCAUCUUGCCGCUGCUCGGCAUAUGCUAUUUCUUCUAUUACGUUGACAAAACAACGCUCUCCUACGCGGCCAUCUUCGGCAUCAAAGACGACCUUCAUCUCCAAGGCACCCAGUACUCAUGGCUGUCAAGCAUCUUUUAUUUUGGCUGGCUCUUCUGGUCCAUACCGUCCAACCUCAUCAUGCAGCGCUGCCCUCCGGCCUGGUACCUGGCCUUCAACAUCUUCAUGUGGGGCGCUCUGCUCAUGUGCCAGGCCGCCUCGCACAGUUUCACGGCCCUCGCCGCCCUGCGGAUCCUGUCCGGCGCCUUCGAGGCUAUCGCCGACCCGGCUUUCAUGCUCAUUACGUCCAUGUUCUACACCCGUGAGGAACAGCCUUCUCGUAUCUCGGCGUGGUAUGCUUGGAAUGGCGUUGGUGUAGCUGGCGGAGGAUACGGAAUUGGCCAACUCAACAGUGGCGCACUCGCGUCAUGGCGGUACGAAUUCCUCAUCGUCGGCGCAUUUUGCUCCUUCUGGGCCAUUGUCCUGCUCCUUCUGCUCCCAAACUCGCCCACCACCUUCUGGGGCUUCACUCACAAGGAGAGAUUGCUGCUGAUUGCGCGCAUGCGGCGCAACCAGACUGGUGUUGAGCAGCAGAGUAUCAACUGGGGCCAGGUCAAGGAGGCCUACCUCGACUACAAGACCUGGCUAUUCACGUUUCUCGGUUUUGUCUCGGCGGUUCCGAAUGGCGGUAUUUCGAACUUCUCCACAUUGGUUAUCCAAGGUCUGGGGUUUGAUACGCUGCACACAGCGUUAUUGGGCAUACCGCAGGGCGCUCUGGUCGUCAUCUGGAUCACUCUCGGUGCGGUCGCAAACAAAUACAUGCCACCGAACAGCCGCACGAUCGUCUCUGCGAUAUUCAUGCUCCCAACCAUGGCCGGGGCGUUGGGGUUCCUGCUCGCGCCAACGGAUGCGUAUGUCGGGCGACUGAUCUGCUUCUACCUCACGGGCUCAUACCAAGCCUCGUUUGUCAUCUGCCUCUCCAUGGUGACAAGCAACACCGGCGGCCAAUCCAAGAAGAUGAUCGUGUCAGGCAUGGUCUGGUUCGGCUCAUGCGUGGGCAGCAUCGCCAGCCCUUUCUUCUACAAGUCGGAUCAGGCGCCGUCGUAUCACCUGGGCAUUGGGUCCUUGCUCGUGGCCAACUUCCUCGAGUUCCUCCUGUUCUUCGUGUUCCGGUAUGCCUUCAAGUGGGAAAACCGGAAGAAAGAGAAACAUCGCGAGGCUCUGAGGGCAACUGGAGUUGUGUCAGAUGAUGCCGCAGGGUUGAACGAGACGGCUUUCCAGAAUUUGACGGAUAAAGAGAAUCCGAAUUUUGUGUAUGUGUAUUAAAUUAGAG